UUCCGCCAAUACAUUCCCCUUACCCACACGUGAGCGCCGUGGACACGAGCGCAGGGAAGCGAAUUGUUUUGAUCAGUUCCCGAUCUGAUCUGGAAACGAACUGAUCGUUUCCACCAGACGUCACCAUGCUGAGUGAACUGGACCUGAUCGGAACCAUCCUGGACGAUGACGAGGUUCUGGAAGAGCCGGAGACCGACUCUGAGGAUGGAGAAGCGGACGCGCCCAUCGUGCUGAACAGGAAGAAGAAGGAGGCUCUGAAGGGUCGCGGCGCAGGAGACUUCAACGCCGGCUUCGAGUUUGGGGCGCGAGACGCACCCGACAACCAGGACUGGGCGCUGGCGGACGUGAUGUCACAGCUCAAGAAGAGGAGCGCUCCGACGACACUUGACGAGAAGAUCGACAAAGUGAGGAAGAGGAGGAAGCUGGAGGAGAAGUCUGGCACAGGGGCCAAGCAGGAAGACGAGGAGGAGGAGGAAGGUGACGCCGAUGAGGAGGAUGAUGAGGAGGAGGAUGACGACGACGAAGAGGACGGUGAUGAUGGAGACGUAAAACCGGCCCAAGUAGAGGAGCCGGGAGAGAGUGAGGAUGACGAGGAUGAGUUUGACUCCGCCGACGAGGAGGUUCUCACCAAAGCCGACACUCUGAGGGAUAAAUCGGGAAAGAAGAGGAAAAAAGAUGAGGCUCCAGACUGUUUCUACGAGGACGCCUCUAACUACGAUGAAAAGCUGAUGUUUCAGGACAUGAACCUGUCCCGACCGCUGCUCAAGGCCAUCAGCACCAUGGGGUUCCGGGAGCCCACCCCAGUGCAGAAGGCCUGUAUUCCUCUGGGUCUGCUGGGUCGUGACCUCUGCGCCUGCGCUGCCACUGGCACAGGUAAGACGGCGGCCUUCAUGCUGCCCGUGCUGGAGCGGCUGCUCUACAAGCCCAAGGAGACGCAGGUGACCCGGGUCCUGGUGCUGGUGCCCACCAGAGAGCUGGGCAUCCAGGUCCACUCGGUGGCCCGGCAGCUGGCCCAGUUCACCCCCAUCUCCACCUGCCUAGCCGUCGGUGGUCUGGAUGUGAAGUCCCAGGAGGCUGCGUUGCGCUGCGGUCCAGACGUAUUGAUCGCCACCCCGGGUCGUCUGAUCGAUCACCUCCACAACACGCCCUCCUUCCAGCUCACCAACAUCGAGAUCCUCAUCCUGGACGAGGCCGACCGGAUGCUGGACGAGUACUUUGAGGAGCAGAUGAAGGAGAUCAUCAGGAUGUGUGCCUACCAGAGACAGACCAUGUUGUUCUCCGCUACUAUGAGUGACGAGGUCAAGGACCUGGCCUCAGUGUCCCUGAAGCAGCCUAUCAGGAUCUUCGUGAACAGCAACACGGACGUCGCUCCGUUCCUCCGUCAGGAGUUCGUCAGGAUCCGACCCAACCGGGAGGGAGACCGCGAGGCCAUCGUAGCAGCCCUGGUGACCAGGACCUUCCAGGACCACGUGAUGCUCUUCACCCAGACCAAGAAGCAGGCCCACCGCCUGCACAUUCUGCUGGGGCUGCUGGGGGUCAAGGCGGCCGAGCUCCACGGGAACCUCAGCCAGACCCAGAGGCUGGAGAACCUGAGGCGUUUUAAAGACGAGCAGAUCGACAUCCUGGUCGCUACGGACGUGGCCGCGAGAGGCCUAGACAUCGCUGGAGUCAAAACGGUGAUAAACUUCACCAUGCCCAACACGGUGAAGCACUACGUGCACCGCGUGGGGCGCACGGCGCGCGCGGGGCGGGCGGGGCGCUCGGUGUCCCUGGUGGGCGAGACGGAGCGCCGCAUGCUGAAGGACAUCGUGAAGACGGCCCGCAACACGGUCAAGGCCAGGGUCAUCCCCACAGACGUGGUGGUGAGGUUUGCCUCUCACAUCCGGGCUAUCGAGAAGGACGUCUACGCCGUCAUGAGACUGGAGAGAGAGGAGAGGGAGAUGGCUGCGUCUGAGGCCCAGCUGAGCGUGGCCCAGAAGCGCCUCCUCAACAAGCAGGAGGAGGUGGCCCCGGAGAGGACCUGGUUCCAGACGCCUCAGGACAGGAAGAAGGAGCGCAUGUCCAAGGCGCUGCAGGACUUUGACCUGGCUCUCAGAGGGAAGAAGAAGAGGGAAAAGUUCCUCAAGGACGGAAAGAAGAAGGAGAUGACAGCGGAGGACCGGGCCCAGAUGGAGCUGCUCAAGUCCCAGAUGUACGCCGAGCGAGCCGCCAAGAGAGAGAGGCGGCCCCAGAGAGCCAGAGCCAUGCCGGAGGAAACAGCGGCCCCCAAAGCCAAGCCGAAGCCAGCCAAGUCUACGAAGAACUCGGUGUUUGACAAAGAGUUGACCAACACGAGCAGCAAGGUUCUCAAACAAUUCAGAGCCGGGCCGUCGUUUGAAGACCGGAAGCGCCUGGGGAUGUCCAACAGGAGAGGAGGAGGAGGAGGAAGAGGAGCCCGAGGAGCAGGAGGGAGAGGAGGAGGAGGAAGAGGUGGAGGAGGAGAACGAGGAGGAGAAGGCGGAAGAGAAGGAGGAGGAGGAAGAGAAGGAGGAGGAGGAAGAGAAGGAGGAGGAAGAGGAGGAGGGCGAGGAAGAGGAGGAAGAGGAGGGAGAGGAGGAGGAGAAGGA